AGGGUGCGGUCUGAUUCAGGCCUAAGGAGGCAGUUGCAUCUGGGCAGGGCAGUAAACGAACUAGCUGUUCUAACAGCUGAUCUAGUCGGCUGGUGGCCGAUUGGAGCUGGGCAAAGGGAAGCUGUUCAAUGCUGCUUUUGCCUCCGCUAUGGCAAAAAUCAUUCUAAGGCACCUCAUAGAGACUCCAGUGCGUUACCAGGAGGAGUUUGAAGCCCGAGGUUUGGAAGACUGCAGGUUGGAUCACGCAUUAUAUGCGCUGCCUGGGCCAACCAUCGAGGACCUGAGAAAAACCAGGGCAGCGCUGCCUUCUCCAGCAGAAUCAGCACCAGAGAUGCCACCCCAAGAAGGCAAAUCCCGCUUUCAGAUUCUGUUGGAUGUGGUUCAGUUCCUCCCCGAAGAUAUCAUCAUUCAGACCUUCGAAGGCUGGCUGCUGAUAAAGGCUCACCAUGGAACCAGAAUGGAUGAGCAUGGUUUUAUCUCCAGAAGCUUCACCCGACAGUACCGGCUACCAGAUGAUGUUGAAACUAAAGAUUUGUCUGCGAUCCUCUGUCAUGAUGGAAUUUUAGUGGUGGAAGCCAAGGAUCCAGUUGGGACCAAGUGAAACCUCAUCAGUUCCUGUUCAGUCAACAUGAGGAAGAUGCUAGUGCAGCCCGUGUACCACAAGCACGCGUGUGCUUCUCAACGUUUGAAAUGAUUUGCUAUGGUUUUUAUGAAGAUUAAAAAUAUGU